AUGUCCGUAGGGAGACAGAAGGUCCGUGGGGAGACAGAAAGUCCGUGGGGAGACAGAAUGUCCGUGGGGAGACAAAAUGUCCGUGGGGAGACAAUAGCUCCGUGGGGAGACAGAAGGUCCGUGGUGAGACGGAAGGUCCGUGGGAAGACAGAAGUUCCAUGGGGAGACAGAAGUUCCGUGGUGAGACAAAAUGUCCGUAGGGAGACAGAAGGUCCGUGGGGAGACAGAAAGUCCGUGGGGAGACAGAAUGUCCGUGGGGAGACAAAAUGUCCGUGGGGAGACAAUAGCUCCGUGGGGAGACAGAAGGUCCGUGGGGAGACAGAAGGUCCGUGGGAAGACAAUAGCUCCGUGGGGAGACAGAAGUUCCGUGGGGAGACAGAAGGUCCGUGGGGAGACAGAAGGUCCGUUGUGAGACAGAAGGUCCGUGGGGAGACAGAAGUUCCGUGGGGAGACAGAAGGUCCGUGGGGAGACAGAAGGUCCGUGGGGAGACAGAAGGUCCGUGGGGAGACAAUAGCUCCGUGGGGAGACAGAAGUUCCGUGGGGAGACAGAAUGUCCGUGGGGAGACAGAAGGUCCGUGGGGAGACAGAAGGUCCGUGGGGAGACAAUAGCUCCGUGGGGAGACAGAAGUUCCGUGGGGAGACAGAAGGUCCGUGGGUAG